GAAAGGGAGCGGAGUUGACUUCUACCAACAUGAGGGCAGCUGGAAUUCUUGUCCUCUGUCUCUUCUCCUCCAUCCUGUCAACAGUGACGUCUCUAAAGUGUGAACAAUGUGUUGCCCUUGGAACUGAAUGUGAAGAAGAUAAUGUGAAGGUGGCGGAGUGCAAAGAAGAUAAAGAGUUUUGUUCUACUGUAGUUGUCAAUUCUACUUUAUCCAAAACUCUAGUGAGUCUUAUCAUCAAGGAAUGUUCAAAACGUGAGCGCUGUUAUGAGGACAUCUUCAGCAGCACAACAGUGGAUGAUAGAUUUGAGAUUGCUAAAACUAAGUGUUGUCAGACUGAUGUCUGUAAUGCAGAACCGCUUCUGUUGGAAAAAUAUGAAGACUUUCAACCAAAUGGGUUACAGUGCCCAGCCUGCUUUGCACUAGAUGAGGAUUCUUGUGAAGCCAAUCAACCUGUAGCCUGCGUUGGGAAAGAGGAUCAGUGUCUUACCAUAACCUGUACCACAGUAGCAGAGUUUUUUGGAAAUUUCACUCAAAAGUCCACUUACCAAGGAUGUGCAACACAGGCCACAUGUUUCAUCCCUUUAGGAGUGUCUGUGGCAGCCAGUGGGCUGAUUCAGUUCAACAUCACCACAGUGGAAUGCAGAAAUGCAUCUUCUUCUGAACCUAAUCAUCAGUGAGCGUUGGGAAGAGCCAAACCUUCUUUGCAAUAUUGGGAAAUUUGUAAAAAAAAAUGAGAAUGUUCUAUACCAUGUAC